CUCUGCAGUCUGCAGUAGAUAUGGCGUCACUGAAAAGUGUAGGAGUCGAGAAACUUCCCCAUGUAAAUAACGCCAACAAGAGAACUGCUUAACAGAGUUUAUAGUACUUAGCUUAUAUAUAUUCACCAGCUUAUUUUUUAAGUAUGCCAAGGAAAAAGCCAUUUAGCAACAAACAGAAGAAGAAACAGCUACAAGUCAAACGGGAGAGAAAGAGAGGUGACACAGGUUCUGGGCCAAGCAGCCGCAAUGCCAGCGUUGAGCGAGGAGAACGACAAUCGGACACCUCAGACAGUGAGACCACUGAUAUUAGGAGACUAAAUCAACAGCCCUUUAGCAGAGAAGGUAGAUAUGACCCCAACAGGUUCCGACUGCACUUUGAGAAAGAAAGUAAAGAAGAGGUGGAAAAGAGGAAGAAGUUGGCCAUGGAGAAGGUGCUGCAGCCUAUCUCAGACAAAGAACUUGAGACAAACAUCCAUGACAUCUACCCCUCAGACAAAGGUCUUGGUUUCCCACGACGACCAUCCUGGAAUUAUGAGAUGACCCGAGAGAACCUAAUGAGGAAAGAGGAGAAAUCAUACAGAGAGUACCUGGAUGACCUGCACUCCAGAAACCCACCUGGCUCUCUUAGCCACUUUGAGCACAAUCUUGAGACAUGGAGGCAGCUAUGGAGGGUGUUAGAAAUGUCAGAUGUCGUCCUGCUCAUUGUGGACAUAAGGCACCCGGUGCUGCAGUUCCCUCCUGCCCUGUACCACUACAUCACAGGAGAGCUCCAGAAGCAGGUGGUCCUGGUUUUGAACAAAGCUGACCUGUGUCCUCCUCCACUGGUGAUGGCCUGGAAACACUACAUGACCUCCCAGUUCCCCAACCUACACAUAGUCUGCUUUACCUCCCACCCUGGGCAGCCCUACAGCACAGUGCUCCAAAAGAAGAGAAUGAGAAGGAAGGCUGACUGGAAUUACGCUGGAGGUCCCAUUGAUAUCCUGAAGGCCUGUCAGGAGAUCACUGCAGGCAGAGUUGACCUAUCCAGUUGGGAGAAGAAGAUUCAAAGAGAUGCUGUUGCUGAGCGCCUGGAUGGAGAGCGUCCAGAUGAAGGAGCAGAGUCGGUGCUGGUGGAGCAUCAAAGUGACCGGGCUAUGGACAUGAGCAGCCUAUCCCAGGAGCUCUACAAAGAUGGAGUCCUCACAAUAGGAUGCAUAGGCUUUCCAAAUGUUGGUAAGUCUUCUGUUAUAAACAGCCUGGUGGGAAGGAAGGUGGUCAGCGUGUCUCGAACUCCAGGCCACACCAAAUAUUUCCAGACCUACUACCUCACUCAGACAGUCAAACUCUGUGACUGCCCUGGAUUGGUUUUCCCCUCCCGCGUCGAUAAACAGAUACAGAUUCUGGCAGGCAUCUACCCAGUGUCUCAGCUGCAGGAGCCCUACAGCUCAGUUGGUUAUCUGUGUGAAAGAACCCCCUUUCUUUCUGUGCUGAAGCUGAAACAUCCCAGAUUGCUGGAGAACAAACCCCACCAGAGAAACGAGGGGUCUGAGGAGCUCAGCUGGACUGCCUGGGAUGUGUGUGAGGCCUGGGCAGAGAGAAGAGGAUAUAAGACAGCAAAAGCAGCUCGCCACGAUGUUUAUCGGGCAGCUAAUAGUCUCCUGCGUUUGGCCAUUGAUGGCAGACUGUGUCUCUGCUUAACACCACCUGGCUACAGCUGCCUGAGAGAGCAUUGGGAGAAUCACCCUGACUUGCCGGAGAUUAUAGCCCUCCAAGGUAGGACGACAGCUGAGGAAGGGGCCGAAGAGAGGGACGAUGACGAUGAUGGAGAAUCCAGCACAGAGCCAGAGGAAGAGAGAGACCGAGAUGCAGACGAUGAUGAGGACGGAGAUGAUGAAGAUGAAGGGUUUGGACAUCCUAGAGGGAAGGAGGAUAAGCCCUCUGGCUUUACUGUCAACAUGUACAACGUCCUCCGGGAAAAUGAGUGCGUGUGAUAACAUGUGUUGAGCGCAAAUACAUAAGUUGUUCCUUUUCCCAAAGUGUUCCCCGUUUCCCCCAGUUCAUUCUUCAUUCCUUUUUUCCCCAAAUCUGCAUUCCUUCUCAUUUGCUCCUGCAUCUCCACCACUCAUGUCAAUAUCUUCUCUGUACAUUGACAUGAUCUAAUCUAAUUAAUUCAACCUCCCCUCUAUAUUAUACAGAGCAUAUUCAUGUAUUCAUGCUGUGCCUCUGCUCUGCUCGUUCAUCCAUAAAGCUUAUUCUUUAGUGUUGCUUCUAGAAAUUGGUUUGGAUUGGUUUUAUUUAAUCUUUGUUAAUUGCAUGUAGUUCUCUGAGAAAAACGAACAAAGUAAGUUCCUUUAGCCUGAAACAAUCAUCAUCUGACUGGUUUUCGAUCUGUUUAUCAAUAAGUGACUUCACAGCUGAGAUGCCAAAGUUCAGGGAGCGACGACAAAACAAAUCAGAAGCACUGUCAUUAUGAUGUCAUUGACUGGAGCCACCGCUCGACUCUCAGAGCAGCUGGGGACUUAAGCACAGAGGCUCUAAAUCUUCUUUACAGACCGGAGUUAGUCAAGGGUGUGGGGUGGGAUAAGUGAGAUAUACGACCAUAAAAAUGGGAUGCAUAAAACCAACAUGAUCACUCAUACUUUUGCUGAUCAGUUUCACAGCUUAGUCAGAGAUCAUUGAUUUACACUUUGUUUGAUUUUGAUGAAACUGUAACUGAGAGUGAUAUUUAGUUUCUGUGGUUCUACAUAGCAGAAAGUUUCAUAAAUAUAUUUUGAUGGUUUUGGUUGACAGUGGAGUAGUUAAAAGUUAUAAAAAGAAAAUCCUGUAUUGCUGUUUGAGGUCAUUUCAGGAAUUUAACCUGUAGUUUUUUUUGUAACUAUUCCAACAAUAAUCCUUCAAUCAUAAUAGAGCUCUACAGUAUUAAAUGCAGGAUGGUUGGUACAUUCAUUCAGCAGGUUUAUAUGUUAAAGGGCAGUGUGUUGGAUUGACACCAACUGAAACUGCUUAAAAAUCAGUUAAAGGGAUAGUUUGCCAAUUUUUGGACAUUCACUUAUUUAUUUCUUAUUGAGAACGAGAAGAUGGAUGUCACUCAGGGGACAGGAGAAGGUUAGCUUUGUGUAGCACAAAGACUGGAAAUGAGAUAUCAGCUAUUCUAACUCUGUAAAUGGCAACAGAAAACACUGAAUUUGACCUUUCACGAUCACUUUGCUGUUAACAUUACUCGGUUAGUUUUUACAACAAGCCAAAAAAACCCUCUAUUUUCAAUCAAAGUAUUCUAUUUUAACAUUUCUUGCAGCAAAUUCCUGAACUCUGCUGGUUGUCUGACAACUUCAAGACUAUUAAGUCACUGCCUGGCUAAAACGAAAAUGUCUAGCACCAUCUGUAGUCCUGUAUACACUGUUGUCACUUUGAAUUCCAGUUUUUGUCCUGAGCUAAGCUAACAAGCUGCUGGUUGUAGUUUCAUACUUACUGUAAAGACAUGAGAGUUAAAUCAAUCUGCUCACACAACUCUCCUAAAAAUAAACAAGAGUCUUUAAAAUGUCUCAUUGUUCCUUUAACCACAGAGAGAGAGAUUGUCUAUCUUAGCUUCCAUCUGUCCAUCCUUAGAGAAAACAUUAUUAACAUUACACUCCAUCUUUGCUCUGCUACUCGCUUUAUGGACUAUAAAUGACGUCAUAGUUUUGUAAGAUAUUUGCAAUACUCAAAUUUUCUCUGCAAACUUGAAAUUUGGUUCUCUCUCUCUCUCUCUCUGGCCCGCUUCAAUCCUUAGAGCUGUAUUUUUCGUGUGCUGUUGCUGUACCUCAUUUAUUCUGUGGGGAACUCUACAGUGCUGUGUUACUGUGUAAUGCAUCAGGAUAGAGCCACAUGCAGACAUUUCUACCAAUGGUACAGUUAGAAGCACUUGCCGGUAAUCAACAACGAAAACACAACAGACAUUUAGUUGUGAUGAUGUGGAUUUAUGGAAGUAUUAAGACACGGUGUCUGGAGAGUGUAGUGUGAAGGCUUGAGGUGUAUUCAGGCUAUUUGCUGCAUUCCUCAUUUCAUUCCUAUAAGUAUGCCUAAUAAUGACUGGAUGGCUUUCUGCAAUAAAAGAAAUAGUCAUUAAAACCUCA